CAUCAUUAUGAUUAUGAAUCAAUUUGUUUGAUUAAAAGUACCGUUUCCAAUGGUGAUGAAUCAAAUUCUUGGAACAUUGAAACUAUUCUUACAGCGAUAGGCCAAAUUUUGCCUAUAUAGUUGUUGUUGUGUAGGUGUUCCAAACAACAACAGCCAAAAAACAGUGACUGAAUGUUGGAACCAUAAUUCGACAUCGAUGGCAUUGUUUUGUUUAGAAAUGGCCAAUACUGAUAGCCAUGAUGAAUCAAAUACGAAAAAUUCAUUAUUCACUGAAGAUGAUGUUGUCCAUUCAAUUGAUAAAACAAAUUCCACUCAUUAUCCAAUCAUAUUUGGAUCUAAUUAUGAUGUAAAAAUUGGCUGUCUUAUCGAACAUUUACAUCCAUUCGAUACAAGUAAAUGGAGUAAAGUUGCUAGCUUCAUACAAGAAUCAUUGAAUCAUAAUAUUGAUUAUAUUGAACCUGUACAACCAAUUUCAAAUGAUGAAUUACGAUUAGUUCAUAGUGAACAAUUUAUACGAAAUAUUCGAUCACGAAGAAAUGUGGUUCAUACAUCGGAAUGUUUUAUACUGUAUUUUUUACCAUUCAAUUGGAUCGAUCAACGUAUCAUAAGGCCAUUAAGAUUUCAGACUUCUGGUACAAUAAUGGCUGCAUGUUGGUCAUAUCAGAAUCAUUUGUCAUCAAUUAAUCUUGGUGGUGGUUUUCAUCAUUGUACAGCCAAUCGUUCGGCUGGUUUUUGUUUUUUUGCUGACAUCACAUUAGCCAUACGUAAUAUAUGGUCAGCUUGUGUAGCUGAUGAUCGACCAUUGAUGCCUAUUUUGAUUGUCGAUUGUGAUGCACAUCAAGGUAAUGGAUAUGAACGUGAUGUACUUGCAAUGACUAAUGAUGAAAAAAAACUCAUCUACAUAUUGGAUAUGUUUAAUCCACUAAUCUAUCCACGUGAUGAAAUGGCUAAAAAAGCCAUCAAUCGUGAGAUACAUAUUGGUUAUCGUACUAAUGAUGAAAAUUAUAUCAAACUUCUUGAUUUCCAUCUGAAUGCCAUUAUUGAAUCUGAUCAUUUCAAACCUGGUUUAAUAAUCUAUAAUGCCGGUACUGAUUGUCUACAAGGUGAUCGUCUUGGACGGCUUAACAUCACGGCCAAGGGAAUAAUAAAACGAGAUGAAACAAUGUUUCGAUUUGGAUCCCGUAAUAAAGUGGCCAUUGUUAUGCUAUUGAGCGGUGGUUAUCAACAUACUAAUGCAAGAAUCAUUGCUGAUUCUAUUAUUAAUCUUAUUGAAUUAAAUCUAUUAACACCUUUACAGUGAAAUAUUAUUUUUGUUGUUGUUGUUGUUGUACAAAUAAAGUGCCAAAAAUUUAAACUUGA